GGAAGAUAAGAAGUGGGCCUCACAUGUGACUUAACAAUAGCAGCAGAUUUCAGACAUUAUUUUAGGCCGUCACUAAAAUAUUCACUGCAGCCUGUGAGUCACUGUUGGAUAUUUGCAGUGGUCAGUUCAAGGCUAAAAAGGCUGUUUUGCUUUCAGUAAUAUUUAACUGGCUAGUUUUGGCCACAUCCCACAGUGCCCAAGAAACUGCUACUGUAUUGACUGUGGGAAACAUGAUUUCUGUUCAGCCUCUUUGGAAUACUGUAUAGCCCAUCCUGGAAUAUUCAAGAACAAUGGCCUGACUGUUUCUCUGGCAAUAUGCAUGGCCACAUCCUUCAGCUGUGUGUAAUCCAAGCUGUAGCCUCUUUUAUCCAUCUAGAACCCAAGAAUGCUACUGUGUUACGAGGCAGUGAGGUUCACUUUAACUGCAGCACUGAUGAAUCCUGGGAUGUCAUGACUUGGCUGUUGGGUGGAAGAACAGUCCUCACCAUCUCAGUGGAACAUGGUCCUCUAGGCAGAGAUGAGCAUGUGUCCACAGUCAAUCACUCCACCUCAUCUCUCUCCAUGUGGGAGUUAGUGCUGAUGAACGCUUCCUUCAGCGCCAUUGUACAGGAAGUCAUAUGUGAACUGCUGCCUACAAGACUUGGCAGAUCAUCAUCAGCCCUGUUUGUACAAGAAAAAGGAAAUGUCAGGAUUUUGGAGAGUGAUCUGUCCGUUCAAGAGGGGAUGCUUGUCACCUUCCAUUGCCAAGCGAGUGGCUGGUAUCCGGACCCUUCAGUGUCCUGGGUGGUCAGUGGCACCACUGUGGACAGAGGCGACUACAACACCAGCAGUCUCCAGGACCCCAAUGGCCUUUUCAACUCCACCAGUGUGCUUCAGAUAAAAGCAGAGACAAGCAGCUCAGUGGAGUGUUGGGCAUCUGUGUCUGCCGCUGUAGCCCACCAAAGCAGCAGUGUCAAGCUGACUGUAGGUAAGAUGGCACCGAAAGCUUCACAGGACUACACAGUUGUGAUCGCUGUGAUAGUGUCUGUGUGUACGAUCAUUCUGCUGGCAGUCCUCAUCCUGAUCUUGUACUAUAGAAAAAAACUGUCAAAAUCAAGCUCUGGAAAUAAAGUCAGUUCCUCCUCGUGGACUGUCAAUUUAAGCAGACGGAGGAGGUCUGUUGCUGAUGAAACCAGAGGAAAAGUUAACCCAGGAUACCAUGCCGAAGACGUAACAAGUUCAGGACACCAUGACCUCAGGAAUAGAGCUGACAGCACGAUAAACAUCAUCAGCCCUCCACGGGUUCCUGAUAUUGUCAUUUUCAGCACUCAAAAUCAGAAAGAGGAAGAUUUUUCUAACCUCUACUGCAAGGGAGCAAAGACAGUCCGCCGGGUCACCACUGUUUGACCUCAGGGUCGACCUCACAUAAACCUCCCACUGUAAGAAAGAAGGUCAUAUAUGCUGAAAAUGAAGAUGCAAUGGCUUGCAUAUCUAGAGGAUGGGGAUCAUCACAUGAGACCUUCAGUAAUGUCAACUACAUGCAGCAUUCACAGUCAUGACUGCUGUUAUAUCAGUCACGUCAACAUUGUAUAUGCAUGUUUUUUUUUGUUUUUUUUUUUGUUACUUCAAAAAAUGUUAUGUAAUAUUUUUGCACUAUUUUGUAAUGGUGUUCCAUCUUAUUCAAGUGGAAAAAUGUUUAAGUUAUUUACAGUAUUCGUAUCUGUAUUGGUAUAGAGAGCUGCGGUGAUGACAUAUUUUUGUAGGCUAACCUGGAAGUCAGCAUCACCCUGUCUCCCUAGGGUCUUUCCAUUGGCUUUUGGAUUAUUACAGAAAAUAAACUCUGUGACCAACAAAGAGUUUGAUUCUUACAUGUCUUGUUCAUCAUAAUAAUAUUCACAAAUGAAUACAACUUGAACCUAAAUACAAUCGGCAGACGCAGCUGAACAUAGGCAAGAAACAAACUACACCACGGUCACA